AUGAACUUAUCACUACAAGACCCCUUUUCCGUAGCCAAGGAGUUUCCCGAGACCUUGACCACGACGCUCGACUAUGGCCACUCCGUCUGCAUCCAAUUCAGCAAACAGGGAGACUACCUCGCCUCGGGCUUAUCAGAUGGAUCGCUCGUGAUCUACGACAUGCUAUCCCACGGGGUCAUAGCGCACAUUACGCGCGAUUGCCAUGUGCGGCCCAUCACUGCUAUAACGUGGUCGCGAUGCGGACGGUAUAUUUUGACUUCGUCGCAGGAUUGGUAUGUCAAAUUGUGGGACUUGAGCCGGAUCGUGGGCAAUGAAUACGGAUCACCUGCGCCUGUUAUACGGCUGAUUAAGUUUGAUGGGCCGAUAUGGCUGGCGAGCAUGCACCCUGAGAACCCGUAUUUGUUUGUGGCUUCGUUAUUUGAGGAUUCGCCCGUUAGCGUCGACUUGAGUGACGCGUCGAGUCCCCGCGUUGUGAGGCUACGGACGCGGCCGUUGGAGAAUGAGGACAGAGAAGCAGAAAGUGGCGAGGAAGAAGAAGAAGGUGGUGGCAGGUUUCGAGCUAGUAAGAGACGCAAGGUCAAUGAAAAACAUGUGACGUUGGUGACGACUUUUAGUCCCGAAGGCGAGUUUAUAUUUGCCGGUACGAGUAAAGGCUGGUUGAACAUUUUCCGCACCCUGGAUUUGAAAUUGGUCUAUUCGGUGAAAUUGGCAAAUUCAAACAUCAAGAAUAUAUCGAUCCCCACUAAUGGUAGGAAAUUGGCACUCAAUUUCUCCGAUCGCAUUAUCCGGCAGAUUGAUCUUCCCGAUAUCGUCAAUGACUCCAACGCCAAGGAGUGGGAGUUUGAAGUCGACCACAAGUACCAAGAUGUGGUUAAUCGGUUGCAGUGGAACUCGAUCAGCUUCAACCACAAUGCGGAUUUCCUCAUUGCGUCAACUCAUGGACAAUCGUCGCAUGAUUUGUACUUGUGGGAAACGUCGAUGGGGUCAUUGGUUAAGAUCUUGGAGGGCUCAAACGAAGAGCUCAUUGACGUGAAGUGGAAUUAUCAUCGCUGCAAGAUUGGCUCGAUCGGGCUCGAUAGCGGCUCAAUCUACAUUUGGCUGGUUCAAUUCCCGCAGAAAUGGAGCGCUUUAGCUCCCGAUUUCGUGGAAGUUGAAGAGAACAUUGAUUACGUGGAAAAGGAAGACGAGUUUGACAUUUUGGACGAGUCGGAGUUGAACAAGAUGCGAAUGGAGGAAGAGGACGUGGAGGUUGACGUUACUACGAUGGAGCUUACUGAUGCACGCGGGUUUGAAAUCGUGCCUGAUUCAUUCGUGAUCCCCAUUGACUAUCAAAAGGAUCUAUUUGAUUAA